AUGACACCCGUCGGAUCAGGGGCUACUCAUGCAGUAGUACCAAACAACAAGAAUGACUCUAUACUGAUUGGAAUGAGAGAUGGCGUUACGGGGGACUUCAGUCUGCGCUCACGAAAGGAGGCAACAGUCUCUGUAUUCGACUCGAACUUCCUCGUUGGUGAUGGUAUCUGGGAGGGCAUGCGAGUUGUCCAGGGCCGUGUUCAGUUUGCAAAGGAACACAUCGACCGCCUGUUCCAGUCGGCAAAGGCAAUGUACAUGGACUUGGGACUCACCAAACAAGAAUUACUGGGUCUGAUACACCAAACGAUUGACAAGAAUAACAUGCAACAAGCAAAAGACAUCCACAUCCGUCUUGUCAUAAGCCGAGGACUGAAAUCAACACCCUACCAAAACCCAAGCGUCAACAUCGGAUUACCUCUCAUCGUCAUCAUCCCAGAAUACAAAUCUGCGGACCCCAGCGUCAAGUCCAAAGGCCUUAAACUCAUCACCUCACACAUCCGCCGCGGCCAACCAGACGUCAAAGAUGAGAUGUGGAACCAUAUCUCUAAAGCUACUGACAUCCAAGCCUGCAUUGGAGCCAAUGUGGUCGGCGCAGACGAAGCACUCAUGCUUGACCCUCACGGCUUCGUCAAGACCUGCAACUCGACAAAUUUCUUCAUUGUCCGUGGAGGCGAGGUCUGGGUGCCAACACGCGCAUACCAGAUGCAAGGUAUCACCCGCGCCAAAACCAUUGAAAUCUGCCAAGCGAAUGGUAUUCCGGUGGUCGAGCAAGACUUUACGUUGACAGAAACGUAUGGUGCCGAUGAGGCUUUUUGCACUGGCACGUUUCCUUCGCAUAUCCCUGUGAGGGAGAUUGAUGGGAGAGUCAUUGGUUAUGGGACUAUGGGACUAGUCACUAAGCGAUUGAAUGAACUGUAUAAGAAGGCCGUUGAGGAAGAUGUGAGGAGGCAGAGGUCGGAGAUCCUUGCUAAGCUUUAA